UCCCACGCCCCCUCUUCCCCAUUAAUAUUUCCUUCCUAUCAUUCCAUCAAGAAACUCCAAACACCUUCUCAUACAUUGCCCAUGGAAGCCCAUGAAGACUCACCGGUGGUGGACUACCACUCGAAUGUCGACACCUCACGGCCCUUUCGCUCCGUGAAGGAAGCCGUGGCCAUCCUGGGGGAGCGGUUUCUCAAUGGGGAGAUCAUGAUGUCCAUGUCUCCGCUGGUGAAGCCGCCCGUCAUAAUGAGCGUGAGAGGAGAGAACUUGGAUGUUAUGGCGAGUGAACCAGUGAGACAAGAGGAAGAUCAAGAGGAAGAAAAUGAGGGGGAUGAUCAGGGCAAUGGCGACGAGUGGAAGAAGCUGGAGGCCGAGCUUGAGAAGACAAAGAAAGAGCUGAGGAUUGUCAAUGAGAGAGCGCCCGAGAUAGAGAUCUCUCACCCCAUGAGUAGGCCGAUGAGACAAGAAGAAGAACAAGAAGCGGAAAAUAAUGACAAAGAGGAGGGACUCAAUGAUGGGCUGCAAAAGCUGGAAACCAUGCACGAGGAGGCCAAGGAGUUGAGGGUUGUCGCGGAGAUAGAGCCCGAAACGGAGAUCUUCAACCCUGUGAGUGAGCCGCCUAGACAAGAAGAAGAAGAAGAAGAAAAAAGAGCAAGAAGUAAUGCUAAAGAGGAUCAGAGUCUCAGUGAUGGGCUAAAGAAACUGGAGGCCGAGCUCAAGGAGACUAAGAAGGAGCUGAGGAUUCUCAAGGAGAGAGAGUCCGAGACGGAAAUCGCCUUGGCGGCUCUCAACGCCGAGCUCCACAAGAACAUGUCGAGGCUGGCCAAGGUGGAAGCAAUGGAAGCCAAGGCGAAGGCCGUGGCCAUGACAACGAGGUCAGACUCAACCUCAAUGGCUGAUUUCCGGAUCCAGCAACGACCUCAUGCAGAUAGUGAUCGCGUUAUCGACAGACACAGGAGCUACUUCCCGACUUUGGCUCAGAUACUGAGCAUCGCCGAUGAUCAGAAGAACAAGAAGAAGAAGAAGAAGCAACCAGGCUGCUAUGGAGCAAUCAUGAGUGGUCCAAAGAGAAGCUAUAAUUAUAAGAGUGUGCAGAAAGAGAAGCCUAUUGUUCCACUUGUGGGAGACCUCUUGUUCUCAUGGAGAAAGAAGGCAACAAAUUCUUCUUUCCCUAGCCCUCUCUACUCUUCACCUCGUUUCUUCAAAUGAUUUUAUACAUACAUACAUACAUAUAUAUAUAUAUAUAUAUAUAUAUAUCACCUGAGGAUUUGAUCAGAUCUUUUCUUUUUAUGUGAUUUGGGAAGUUUUAAUUUGUUGUGAUGCUGUUGGAAUUUUGGAAACCACGCUUGCAUUCUUUUUAUAUCUGUUGAGUUGUGAGUGCCGGUGUAUAUUGUUAAUGUUUUUUUUUUUUUCGCUCAAUCGUAUAUUGUUAAUGUCCUUCUUUGUAAUGAAGCUUUGUUUUUUAUGUCCA